GGGAGGUAGAGGACCUGAUGGGCAGCACCAUGGAGCCCCCCGGGGGGGCCUACCUGCACUUAGGCGCUGUGACCUCCCCUGUGGGUACCGCACGAGUGCUGCAGCUGGCUUUCGGCUGUACCACCUUCAGUUUGGUUGCUCACCGAGGUGGUUUUGGGGGUGUCCAGGGCACUUUCUGCAUGGCUGCUUGGGGCUUCUGUUUUGCUUUCUCAGUCCUGGUGGUGGCCUGUGAGUUCACGAGGCUCCACAGCUGCCUGCGCCUAUCUUGGGGCAACUUCACAGCAGCCUUUGCCAUGCUGGCAACCCUGCUGUGUGCCACGGCCGCCGUCAUCUACCCUCUGUACUUCACCCGGCUGGAGUGCCCACCUGAGCCUGCCGGAUGCAUGGCCAGAAACUUCCGCCUGGCAGCCAGCGUCUUUGCAGGACUCCUCUUCCUGGCCUACGCUGCCGAAGUGGCCCUCACUCGGGCACGGCCAGGUCAGGUAGCCAGCUACAUGGCUACGGUGUCUGGGCUCCUCAAGAUCGUCCAAGCCUUUGUGGCCUGUAUCAUCUUCGGGGCACUUGUCCACGACAGCCGCUAUGGGCGCUACAUGGCCACGCAGUGGUGCGUGGCUGUCUACAGCCUGUGCUUCAUGGCCACGGUGGCUGUGGUGGCCCUGAGCGUGAUGGGGCACACAGGGGGCCUGGGAUGCCCAUUUGACCGCCUAGUGGUGGUGUACACCUUCCUGGCUGUGCUCCUAUACCUCAGUGCUGCAGUCAUCUGGCCGGUCUUCUGCUUUGACCCCAAGUACGGAGAGCCAGGGCGGCCCCCUGACUGCCUCCGAGGCAGCUGUCCCUGGGACAGCCAGUUGGUGGUAGCUAUUUUCACCUACGUCAACCUGCUCCUCUACAUCGUCGACCUCGCCUACUCCCAGAGGAUCCGUUUCGUGCCUGCCUUGUAGCCUGACCCAUCAUCUCCGCUCU